AUGGUUCAUAGUAUUGAUGAACGAUUUAGCCAGGACACUAUACAAGCUAUACAUGCAGUUGAUAGUUUACUAAAUAUGGAUAUAUCGCAAACAGACCUAUCAUAUCUAUCAAAAACGUUUCAAUGUGAUAGUGAAAAACUAGAAAUAGAAGUAAUGCUAAUAACAAAUAAUUCUACGAUUCCAAAUAAAGACAGUUUCAGUAAUAAAAGUAAAAUCCAUGAAUGGUUAAUUUGGCUGAAGUCUAAUGACCAUUAUAAAUACUUUAACCAAUUUUUUAAUGUAAUUCAAAAGUUUGUAGUGAUCCCAGAAACAAGUUGUACUUGUGAGAGGUCUUUCUCUAAAUUGACCCUAGUCAAAUCCAAAUUAAGAUCUACCAUGAAGCAAGAAAGAUUGAAUGCUUUGGUGGUAUUGACAGUAGAGCAAGAAAUGGCAGUCAAUGUUGAUGCUGAUGCUGUUAUAGACGAUUUUAUAAUAGCGGUAGAUUUUAAGAGACGAAUGUCAUUAUAA